AUGAUGAGUGAAGAGACAGGUAAAUCACCUGAUGAACAACAAAUAUCGAAUUCAGAAAUCAAAGUUUUUUAUUAUAUCGAUGAUCAUGAUCCACCUUAUUUAACAAAAUUAAAUGUACAUGGUGGUUUACCACGUUUAAAAGAUUUUAAAAAUGCACUUGAUCGUAAUUGCUCAAAAUAUAAAUUUUUCUUUGCUACAAAUGAUCCAUCGAUUGGCAAAGUUAAAGAAGAAAUAACUAAUGAUGAACAAAUUUUACCAUUUGACACACAAGAUCGUGUUCUUGCUUAUCUUGUUUCAAUCGAAGGUAGUACAACAUCUAGUGGUGGUGGCGGCGGAAGCAAACAAUCGAAACAUCCACAUCAUUAUCGAGAUGAUACUAUUUUAACAUCAACAACCAGUAGUUCAUUCAAUAUUCAACAACCACGUUUACAACGUAUGAGUCGACGUUAUGCAUCAGCGAAUAGUGCUGAUUAUCAAAAAUGUUUCCCCAAACGUGUUGUUAAUGAUAUGGCAUCAUUUCCAAGUAGUGAUCUCGAAUCAACAACAUUCUUAGAUGAAACUGAAGAUGAUAGAUAUUCAACGGUUACUGAUUCAACAACAAUAUCAUCACGAUAUCAUGGUCGAAAUCGACCUCGUAGAAGAAAACAUCGAUUACCAUCAGGAUUUGAUCGAGCAUCAUCAUUCAGUAGUCUUAAUUCAGAAUCGACAAUGACAUUAAAUAUUAUUACGGUAACACUUAAUUUAGAUGCAGUUAACUUUUUGGGUAUAAGUAUUGUCGGUCAAAGUGAUAAAACAGGUUCAAGUGAUGGAGGAAUUUAUGUUGGCUCAAUAAUGAAAGGAGGAGCUGUUGCACAAGAUGGUCGCAUUGAACCAGGUGAUAUGAUCCUUCAAGUAAAUGAUAUUAGUUUUGAAGGAUUAUCUAAUGAUGAUGCUGUUAAAAUUCUACGUGAAACUGUACAGAAACCAGGACCAAUAAAAUUGGUUGUAGCGAAAUGCUGGGACCCCACACCACGUGGUUAUUUUACGUUACCUCGUCAUGAACAAGCACGUCCUGUUGAUCCAUUAUCAUGGCUUGCACAUACACAAGCUGUACAAAAUACAUAUCAAAAUCCACAACAACAAAUUUUACUUCACAAUCGACAAUCGAUAUUAAAUUCAACAACAAAUAUGAGCUCAACGAUAUCGAGUACAAACAAUACGAUGAUUGAUAAUCAACGUAAGUUUGUAGUUGAAUUAGAAAGACAAAAUUCUAAUGUUUUAGCUAUUUCAGGUUUCGGUCUUGAUCUUAAUUUAACAAUUAAUUCUGAUAUGGACACAAUCGUACGUGCUAUGGCUGAACCUGAUUCGGGUUUAGAUAUACGUGAUAGAAUAUGGUUGAAAAUACCAAUACCAAAAUCAUUUCUUGGUUCGGAUCUAGUUAAUUGGUUAUUUGAAAAUGUCGAUGGAUUCGUUAAUCGCAAUGAUGCAAGAAAAUAUGCUUCAUCAAUGCUUAAAGCGGGUUAUAUUCGACAUACGGUUCAUAAAUUAACAUUUUCUGAACAGUGUUAUUAUGUUUUUGGCGAUAUUUAUUCACAAGGUAUAUCUCAAUUGACGCUUGAUGAAGAAGCUGAAGAUUAUGAAACUGUUUCUGAUCAUACAAAUACUACGGAUCGUCGUAGUGGAGAUUCAUUGUUGUCAACAACAAGACAAAAUACGGUUACCACAUUUGGUUUCGUCGAUAAAAAUAAUGCUCCACUCCAAUCACCCUCACAAUCUUUAUUAGCUGACAAUCAUCGUUCAGGUGUUAUUGGCACAAAAUCAUCUUCAACAUCGACAAGCAGUAGUAGUGAAACACGACAAUUAAUUGAUGUACCGAAUCGACUACGCUCAAGCAAAGAAUCCUUUCAACGUGCUAUGACAAAUCCUUUGCCACGGGAAUUUUUCGUCGAUGUUAUGUAA